UUCGUCGCCUAUAAAAUGCAGCGGUUAUUCGAGCGAUACGGCGACGGCGAGAGCGCACUGCGCACUCUCGUAUUCCUCCAUUUUUUCCCAUUUUACCCUCCCGAUAUCUCAUAAUUACAAGUCCUUGCACUUAAAACCCUAGAUCCCCUGCCUUCAAACCUCAAAUCCCUCUCUUCCUCGUUCCUCAUCACCUCGUAAUUGCCCUCGACUCCGCUCCUAAUUUACGAGAAUGGCAUCGGCCGUUAACAUGCGCGCCAAAUACAAGACCUCCGUCAAAGACCCUGGGAUUCCCGGAGUUCUCAAAAUGACAGAAGAAAAAUUUAUUUUCACUCCCAAUGAUCCCAGGUCACCCAUCAAGCUUGAUGUGAGUUUUCAAUUCAUUAAAGGUCACAAAUUCAGCAAAGAGGGAUCCAAACAAGCACUCUUAAAUCUUACACAAGAGGUUGGAGGUUACAUUUUCGAGUUUGACAAGUUUCCUGAUCGUGACAUUUGUCGAGAUUUUGUAGGUAAAAUCCUUGGGAAGCUCCAGGCUAAUCCACCAUCAUCCAGACAGGAUACUCAAGUGGUUUCUGAGAAACCUUCCGUUCCAGGUCAUGAUGAACAACUCAGCACAGCAGAGAUGGAGCGCCGGAUGAAGCUGCUCCGAGAGGAUAGUGAAUUGCAGAAACUGCACAAGCAAUUUGUCAUCGGUGGUGUGUUGACGGAAGCUGAGUUUUGGGCCACAAGAAAGAAUUUGCUUGAUGCUGAUGCCCAUAGAACGUCAAAGCAACAAGUGGGUUUCAAAAGUGCUAUGCUUGCUGAUGUCAGGCCAUUGACUGAUGGUCGGACCAAUAAAGUCACAUUCAGCUUGACUCCAGAGAUCAUUCAUCAGAUUUUUGCAGAACGACCAGCUGUGCAUCAGGCAUUUCUGAACUUUGUUCCUAGUAAGAUGACAGAAAAAGAUUUCUGGACAAAAUAUUGUAGAGCAGAGUACCUCCACAGGACAAGAAAUUCUGUGGCAGCUGCAGCAGAAGCAGCUGAAGAUGAGGAGCUUGCUGUUUUCUUAAAGCAUGAUGAUAUUUUGGCCAAUGAAGCUCGUCGCAAGAUCAGACGAGUCGAUCCAACUCUAGACAUGGAGGCUGAUCUUGGGGAUGAUUACCUCCAUCUUCCGGAUCAUGGAAUUCUUCGUGAUGGUAUCAAGGAGACUGCCGAAGCAGAGAGUGAGCUAUCAAAGAGGACCCUCUUACAAGAUAUUAACCGGCAUGCAGCAGUCGUGCUUGAAGGGAGGACUUUAGAUGUGGAGCUGGGCGACACAAGGACUGUAGCAGAAGCUCUUGCAAGGUCCAAACAGGCAGAGUUGGCUACCGAAACUUCAGAUGAGAAUACAAACCAGGAACGAUUAGAGAGGGUUUUCCGGAUGACUGAAAUUGAUGAUCUGCAGGCUCCUCGUGACCUUCCGCUUGCACAGCUUUGUAUCAAGGACCCGAGAGAGUACUUUGAUUCUCAGCAAGCCAAUGCACUGAAAGCUUUAGGGAAUGCUGGUGCCGGAACAAGACCAAUAAAUUGCAGCCUGAGCGCUGAGGAAGCAUAUAGUUCUUUGAGGGAACAGAUUUCUGAGAUGAGAGCAGUUGGAUUGAGUGAUCCAGUCGUUAAACCUGAAGAGGCUCUUAAGGUUAGUAAUGUCCUGACUCAGCAACUCUCAAGUAGUACACACUAUAAUCUUGGAAAGAAUCCUCAAGAGAGUGUCCUUGAUAGGUUACCUGGCAAAACUAAGGAUGAACUUCUACAUCACUGGACAUCAAUUCAGGAGCUACUGCGACAUUUCUGGUCAUCAUAUCCAAUCACAACAUCAUACCUUUAUUUAAAGGUGAGCAGAUUGAAGGAUGCUAUGAUGCAGAUCUAUCCUAAGCUACAGGAGACAAAGGAAUCUGUGCAAUCGGAUUUCCGGCAUCAGGUUUCUCUGCUUGUUCAACCCAUGCUUCAGGCUCUAGAUGCAGCCUUUGCUCAUUACGAUGCGGAGUCGCAGAAAAGGUCUGCGAAGGGUGGCGAGAGACCAAAUGGGUUUACUUAGAGAAGAAAUCCUGACGCCUCAACCAUCGCGGAUAUACCAUUGCUGCCCGUGUCACUCUGUAUACUGUUCAUUUAAUCAAAUUUUCGUGUUUGUGCUCGGAAGGAUUUUUAUUUCUUUCAAUUUUGUUUGAUUCAUCAAUCAAGAGAGACUCAUAUUUAUAUGAAUUAUACGAAAUUAUAUUAAGCUCCAAUUGAUUUUUGGUGAAA